GGAAGUUGGCAAAUUCCCUAUUUCCGUGCUUUUUUGAUAAAAGAAGGAUCUGGAUGAGGUAAACCCCAGCAUUUUUAGGUGUUGGAGCUCAUUUUCAGGCCCCGGUUCUUCUAUUCAUCGGAAUCCAGGGUCGAGGAUGUUACCCUCUGGUGUUUUCCUCCUCCUGAUUUUGGGAUCCGUUGUGGACACCAACACCUCAUCUGAAAAAGGGUCCCUGCUCUAUCCCUACGGACCAGACCAGGGCGACCAGACGAAUCCCAAACAUGAUGAUGGGACAUCUGAGAGGAUCGCCCUCUUCACUCCCUUUACCUUCUAUGGCAAAACCCAUGAAGCUCUCUUUGUGAACAACAAUGGGGUGAUCUCCUUUGAUGAACCUGUCAGAGAAUACACCCCCGAUCCCUUCCCACUGGUGGAUGGGCGCUCCUUCGUGGCCCCUUACUGGGCAGAUGUCGACAACGUGCUGGGUGGGGAUAUCUUCUACCGUCAGACCACCAAUGAGGUGCUGCUGGGGGACAUCAGCCGAGACAUCAACCAGUACUUCCCCGAAACCCUCUUCACUGCCACCUGGGCCUUUGUGGCCACCUGGGACCACGUGGCCUACUACGGCUCCACCUCCACAAAGGGCAACACCUUCCAGGCUGUCCUGACUACUGACUCCAAGACAUUCUUCAUCAUCCUAAACUACUGGGACAUCCAGUGGACCACAGGAGCGGCGAGUGACGGGGAUGCUGAAACGGGGCUUGGAGGGAUUGCAGCACAUGCGGGAUUCAACAGCGGUGAUGACACCAACUUCUACAACAUUCCCGGAUCCCAGACAGAUGCCAUCAUCAACAUCACUUCCACCUCCAAUGUCAAUGUCCCAGGGCGCUGGGUCUUCCGAGUGGACAACUUCCAGUUGACGGGUGUGGACCCUCCCAAGGUGAACGAGGACAGUGACUGCUGGUUGUGAAUCUAGGGGGCUGGGACAGAGGGACAUCCCCAUUACCACCACUGUCUUCAAUGAAGUCAAUUGGAAGGUCAAGGUCAUGUCCUCCUCUACCAGAGCAAUAAAAUCACAUCCAA